CCACGUCCUCAUGGGUACUAGUCAGGUUUGUUAACUGCUGAGCCACAACAGGAACUCCUACAUUGAUUUAUUUUCCAGGAAUUUAUCUACGUUUUCAAACAUAUUGACCUAAAUUGAUCACAGCAUCUCUUCCCCAUGAGUCUUGCCCACAGAAGGUGCUCUGCAUUGCAUUUGAAUUUCUGAUGGCAGCUCAGGGUCAUCAUUCUUUUCCAAGAAAACAGCUUUGCCUUUUAAUCCUCUCUAUCGGAUCUAUGUUUUCCUUUUCUGUAAUAUUUUUUUUCCUAUUUCUUUCUUUAUAUUUUCUUGGGGUUGUUUUACUGUUACUUCUCUAACUUUUUUUUUUGUCUUUUUUUUUUUUUGUCUUUUUUGCUAUUUCUUGGGCAGCUGCCGCGGCAUAUGGAGGCUCCCAAACUAGGGGUCCAAUCGGAGCUGUAGCCACCAGCCUACGCCAGAGCCGCAGCAACACGGGAUCCGAGCCGAGUCUGCAACCUACACCACAGCUCACGGCAACGCCGGAUCCUUAACCCACUGAGCAAGGGCAGGGACCGAACCCGCAACCUCAUGGUUCCUAGUCAGAUUCGUUAACCACUGCGCCACGACGGGAACUCCCCCCCUUUUUUUUUUUAAUUCCUGUUUUGUUUGUUUUUUUUGUCUUUUUAGGGCUGCACCUAUGGCAUAUGGAGGUUCCCAGGCUAGGGGUCAAAUCAGAGCUGUAGUUGCCGGCCUACACAACAGUCACAGCAAUGCCAGAUCCAAACUCUGUCUGUAACCUACACCACAGCUCAUGGCAACACCAGAUCCUUAACCCACUGAGCCAGGCCAGGGAUCGAGCCUGCAUCAUAGCGAAUACUGGUCAGGUUCAUAACUUGCUGAGCCACAGUGGAAACUCCCUAAUUUCCAUUAUUCUUUAGACACAUGUAGAAGUACAUUUCCUAAAUUCUAAACAUUGGAGGAUUUUUCUAGCUAUGUUUUAUUAUUUCUAAUUUAAUUGUAUUGUAGUCAAGAGAAUAUACUGUGAUUUCUGUCCUUUAAUCUGUUGAUGUGUGCUGUGUGGUUGACUUUUGGAUAUGUCUGUGUUCACCGGACACUGUGGUUCUUAGAUACAGUUUUCUACAUGUCUUUUAGUUCCAGUUUCUUCAUCAUAUUGUGCAAAUCAUGGGUAUCUGCCCUGCUUUGUGUUGCCUAUCUGUUACUGAAAGUUGCAGUAAAAUAUAUACUAUAUAUUUAUAUACUAUGUUUUAUACAUGCAAAUAUAUAUUAUGUGUUUAUAUUUGCUAAGUAUACUGUAAAUACAUACAUUUUUGACACAUAUUUUGAGACUUAUGUUAUCAAGUGAUAAGAUUUAUACUUGCUAUUUAUCUCCCUGCUAUUUUUAUCUAAUAAAGUUUUUCCCUUAAAUGUAAUUCCCUAAGGGAAAUAUUAAUUAAUAUAGUGUUACCUUACUUAUGUAUUAUAUAUUUUUCUAUCCUUUUGCUACCUUAACUUUAUGUGAUUUUUUUUUUUUACUUUUUAUGGCCAUAUCUGUGGCAUAUGGAGGUUCCUGGGCUGGGGUCAAAUCUGAGAUGCAAACUGCUGGCCUGCGCCACAGCCACAGCAAUGUGGGAUCUGAGGUGCAUCUGUGACCUAUGCUGCAGCUUGCAAUAAUGCCAGAUCCUUAAUCCACUGAUCAAGGCCAGGGGUCGAACUCACAUCCUCAUGGAGACAAUGUUGGGUUCUUAUUCCACUAAGCCACAAUAGGAACUCCUGAUUUGUUUGUUUUUUGUUUUUUUAGGGCCACACCCACGGCAUAUGGAGGUUCCCAGGCUAGGGGUCUAAUCAGAGCUGUAACCGCUGGCUUACUCCACAGCCACAGCAACACUGGAUCUGAGCUGUGUCUGCAACCUACACCACAGCUCACGGCAACGCCGGAUCCUUAACGCACUGAGCGAGGCCAGGGAUCAAACCUCAUGGUUCCUAGUCGGAUUCGUUUCCGCUGCACCACGAGGGGAACAGCAUCCCCCCAUUAUAAUUUCUCGAAGAUUAAUACUUUAUCCAUCACAUACAUUUGUAAAUGGCCCGGUGCUUUCAGUCACUAAUUCCACGAUUUGGGACAAGAUAUAUUCAGUGCUGCUGGCCUCACUCAGAUGGGAAUCUUUUUUUUUUUUUUUAAUUUUAUUUAUUUUAUUUAUUUAUUUUUGUCUUUUUAGGGCCGCAGCCACGGCAUAUGGAGGUUCCCAGGCUAGGGGUCAAAUCAGAGCUGUAGCCUCCAGCCUAUGCCACAGCCACAGCAACAUUAGAUCCGAGUCGCAUCUGUGACCUACACCACAGUUCAUGGCAACACUGGAUCCUUAACCCACUGAUGGAGGCCAGGGAUCGAACCCACAACCUCAUGGUUCCUAGGUGGAUUCAUUUCCACUGCACCAUGACAGGAACUCCUUAUUUUAUUUUUUUAUAUGAUUUUUAUUUUUUUCAUUACAGCUGGUUUACAGUAUUCUGUCAAUUUUCUACUGUGCAGCAUGGUAGAAAAUUGACAGUUAUACAUACAUGUAUACAUUCUUUUUUCUCACAUUAUCCUGCUCCAUCAUAAGUGACUAGAUAUAGGUCCCAGUGCUACACAGCAGUAUCUCAUUGCUUACAGAUGGGAAUCUUGUUGGCUGCUGUUCCUUUCACAUUUCCUGAAACCACACAUGAUAUUAGAUGUAUUUGAUCAGAUGUUUUCUCAAAUUGUGUAUGUGUAAAGGUCAUCUACCUGCCACUUCCAACUAAAUUUAGAAUGGUUAAGUCAUGAUUAGGUAUUAGCAUUGUUUUUAUGUACAAUCAGUAUUAAAGAAUUAGGUCUUGGAGUUCCCUUUGUGGCUCAGUGGUAACGAACCCAACUAAUAUGCAUGAGGAUGCAGGUUCAAUCCCUGGCCUCACUCAGUGGGUUAAGGAUCUGGCCUCUCUGUGAGCUGUGGUGUAGGUUGAAGACAUGGCUCCGAUCCAGUGUUGCUGUGACUGUGGUGUAGGCUGGCAGCUGCAGCUCUGAUUCAACCCCUAGUGGCCCUAAAAAGCAAAAAAAUAAAAGAAUUAGGUCUUGAACCUGUAGGCCUGCCCUUCCCUGUUCUUCACAGCACACACAUUCUAAACACACCUCCUUCCAUGUUUCAUUAUCCCAUAACCCACUGCCCUGUGUUGAUCUGCUGACAGGUUGUGGCGUUUUUCUCUCACCCCAGCGGUGUGGACAGAGCCACACACCCUCUGACCAACAACGGCUCUUGCGUGCGUGCUGCAGUGUUUCUUCUGUCAGAGAGCCCAGCAGAGCUGCAGUUCCUCCCGUGCCAGCCCUGAGCUGAGCGAGGCGUGUCCAGUGGAGAUGGUGAAGAUGACAAAGUCCAAAACUUUCCAAGCCUACCUGCCAAAUUGCCAUCGAACGUACAGCUGUGUCCACUGCAGAGCCCAUCUGGCCAAUCACGACGAGCUGAUCUCCAAGUCCUUUCAGGGGAGUCAGGGCCGAGCCUACCUCUUCAAUUCUGUGGUGAAUGUGGGUUGCGGCCCUGCGGAGGAGCGGGUCCUUCUCACCGGCCUGCACGCCGUGGCGGACAUCUACUGCGAGAACUGCAAGACCACACUUGGGUGGAAAUAUGAACAUGCCUUUGAAAGCAGUCAGAAAUAUAAGGAAGGAAAAUUUAUCAUUGAGCUUGCUCACAUGAUCAAAGACAAUGGUUGGGAGUAAAGUGGAAACUUCCUGUUCCCUUUUGAAUCCUAUUUUCUGAAAGACGGUAAAUGCAAUGGGAACCUCUGGGUGACAGUAUUUCUUGACCUUGAGCCUCGAAGGCUGGCCUCUAUGGCCCAUCCUGUGGGUAAGGUGUCCCUCCCGUCUGUGUCCUCUUCACGUACACAGUUGUUUCUGAGAUGUUUCAAUGACUUUUUUUUAACUUCUCAAGAUCAAGCGAAAGACUUAACUGACUGAUGACUUGCCCAUCUAGUUAAUACCUUCUUUUAACCAAUGCCUUUAUGGUAGUGUCUGGCCAUGCUCUUUCAUACUCAUAGAAGACCAAACCCCACCUCUAGAGACCACAGGCAGGGUAGCUUCAGAGGGCCAGUCUCCCCUCUUGUUUGGGGUGAAGGUAUGAGAGCCACUCCCUCCCCAGUUCGCAGGACACAUGGGUUGUUCCUCUGACAGAUGAUCUGUGAGGGCCGUGCUGACUUAGGAUUCUUCUGGAAGCAGUCUAUGAAUCUAUGCACCAAGGGUGUUUUUUAGGAGGACACCACUGAUAGCAUUUUAGAUAAGCUAUAAAUAGAGAAAUGUGUCUAAUGGAUCAUCUUGUUUAUUGAAGCCACUGGCUCCUUAAUCUAGAAAGUGAGCGAAGGAGUCAUUAGCAAAGUUGGACCCUGGCAGGCUCCACUGGGGACUCCAUGUGGGGCACUGAGCAGCUGGCUGGUCCAUGGCUUACAGUUUAAAGCACUGGACCAAGUAAAAUUGGAUUUCCUUUCCUGCUCCGAUGUACUUGAAGAUUUUUUUUUUUUUUUUUUUUUUGCAUAUGAAAGAGGCCAAAACAGGACAAACUCACAAACUUAAGAUUUGCCAGUUUGUUUGAAAAGUUUUUCAGAAAAGGAUAAGUUGCAAGACAGGUUUAAGCUCUGAAGACAUUUUGUCCCGUCAGCUGACAGAUGGGGUCCAGCAGCCUCCCAAGUCCUGCAUUUUUGCCUCACAUUCAAGUUCCGACCCACCCAUGCCUCAGCAGGGCGUGGGCACUGCACAGGGGUUUUGGCAUUUUGCAGAGAAGGGAGGCCAAAAAGCAUUCCUAAUUUUGGUUUUCAGUGUCAACCUGGCCCGCCACUCUUGGCGUCUUGGGGUCUUCAGUGUCGUCACUGUGGCAUGAGACCCCGGGACCCCAGGCCAAGGGACAGGAAGAGCCAGGGACAGGGAAAGAGGAGGGCAGCGGGCCAGCUCUGAAGCUCCCUUAGACAAAGCUGGUCCCAUGGCCACAAGCUGGAGCUAGUUGGGGAUGGAGCAGGCACUGUCAACCGGUCAGAAAAGGCCCCUCCCCGACCCCAGCCUACCCUGGGUCCCAAGUCCCCGCUGGUACAUCAGGAUCCUGGGGGUCUGGCCCAGCCACUCACCUAGGCUUCCCUUUGGCACUCCAUCUACGACUCGCAGCCUGGCUGUCCUGAGUGCAGGGUUGUCCAUGCUGUGCCCAGCAGGCCUGGAUGCAUUUCGAGGUGCCGAGGAAGUGCUCAGCCCAGCUAGGCCUCCAGCUGCAGGAGCUCUGCUGCCCUGUGAGCUGGGCCCUGUCACCCAGGAGGCUUCAGAUCUAGGGCCCCAGGAAACAGCAGCCACCCUCAGCCUGGUCCUCAGUGAACCCUUGAAGGCCUGGCCUGCACCUGUCUGGAGGAGUGAAUAUGAGUUUCUGAGCUGGCGUCUCCCUUCUCGCUGGGCUCCUCCCUGAGCCUUGGCCUGUGGCCAGCAUGCUCCCCCGAAAGAUGCUCUCAGACCCCAAGGAAUCUCCAGUUCCUCUGCCCGAUCUCUGUACAUACUCAGAUUUAUAGCUUUUGUAUGUUCUGGGCACAGUCACUGCUCCUCUGACUUGAGCACUUUGGUUUUGUACCAUCUCGGUGGUGGCACUGAAGCAUUUCUAUCAGUGGUCCAUGGUUACUUUUGUGUUUUCAUAAUUGACACCAACAGAAACUCUUACCACUUUUUUUGUUGAUCUUCUGCAAAAUCCAAGCUCCAUUUGAAACCAAAUGAAUUGACCGUGAGCAGGCUUCCAGGAAGGGUACUCAUGAGACCACAGCCAGAUGUGCUAGCAAAGUGCUGGGAUGUUCCACCCUCUUAAAUUCCUAAACGGUAAAUACUACCCCACGGCUUUUAUUUAAAUUAUUUAAGAUAUUUUUUCCUUGAAAAGAGUGGGAGGUGAUGCCAGGAUUAUAAAUGCAUUUGUUACACUAUGUAGUGUCCUCUGCACAAUACAUCUGCUUUAGAAAUGUAACUUAGUUCUGUUGCUGUUUUAUACAAUAUAUAUAUAGUAUUUUUAUACUUUAACACUUACUCUUGAUGGCAUCUGUCAGAUAUAUUAGAAAGGAUCAGAAAUGGGAAUUGUUUCAAAAGUCCUUUAAUUUACCUGAUGACCUCACCAGGGACUUACAAAAUCUGAGCAUUUUCAGUAUCUAGAAAACUAAUCUCAGUUAUACACCAACCUACAGAAAUGUAAAGGCAAAGGCUCUGGGCAGGCCUGUCCUCCCACUGUGAGCAGCACUAUGGGCCUGCUGCCCAGGGGGGCCGGACUUCCCUCAGGGCAGGUGGGCACAGCCGCUGGACAGAUGGAGGGACAGAAGCCCAGGCCAGCUAGAAGGCUUGCCUGCCGAGCGGGUCUGUGGAGCCCAUGCGAAAAGCUGCCCUCGUCCCAUGUCCAGCCCUCUGUCAUCUGUGUGAGGUUCAAAAAUAAAGCUUCUGGCACCCAAC